GCGGGGAGGAGCGUGGGGAGGGGGAGGGGCCCGGGGCUCCGGGCCCUAGCUCGAGAGGUCCCCACGCCCAGCGACUCGGGGUGCCUGCCUUUGUUCCAAGACACCGGGGUCUCUCGGAUCUGGAGAGGUUCCGUGAGUGAGAGGGACUCGCGGCCGGAGGAGCGCGAUGGGCGCGGGCGGAGGCGGGCGCGUCUCGGAGCCGCGGGCCCCCGGAGCGCGGGCGCGGCGCGCCGCCCGCAGCCUCCGCCCUCCCGCCCCGACCCGCCGGUUCUGUUUCCUUUCGUUCCUGCUGCUCCGCGCGCUGUCGGCGCUGCCCGCGGCUUGCGGCGCCGCCGAGGAGCGGCCCUUCCGCUGCCUGCAGGCCUCGUCCUUCCCCAACCGCAGCAGUUCGCGCACCGACGGCGCCGCCUGGCUGGGGGAGCUGCAGACCCACGCGUGGCGCCACGACUCGGACGCCAUCCGCUUCCUGCGGCCCUGGUCCCGGGGCGAGUUCGGUGACCAGGAGUGGGAGCAGCUGCAGGAUAUGUUUCGGGUUUAUCGAAGCAGCUUCACCAGGGACGUGCACGAAUUGGACAAAAUGUUGCGAUUAGACUGUGAGCUGAGGCCUGGGGUGCGGGGCCACCACCCGACGGGAGACGCUGACGCAGAGGCGCCCGUGAGACAGGCUGACCCCGCCUGGUCACUCUCUGCUGCCUCCAGCCCCCGACCCCCUCCUCCGCCUGAGGUGUCUGCUGGGUGUGCGAUCCUCGCAGGGAACAGCUCCGAAAGCGCCUUCCACGUGGCAUUUCAAGGAAGAGAAAUCCUGAGUUUCCAAGGAAUGUGGGUGCCGGCGCCAGAUGCCCCGCAGUGGGUGGGUGCAGCCAGCAAGGUGCUCAGCCAGGACCGCGGAACCAGCGCGACAAUUCAGUGGCUCCUCAAUGACACCUGCCCGCGGUUAGUCAGAGGCCUCCUCGCAGCAGGAAAGGCAGACCUGGAGACGCAAGAUACCCCUUUCCCUGCUGGACGCAGUGAAGCCCGAGGCCUGGCUGUCCGGGGCUUCCAGUCCCGGGCCCGGCCGUUUGCUGCUGGCGUGCCACGUCUCCGGAUUCCGCCCAAAACCGGUGUGGGCGAUGUGGAUGCGGGGCGAGCAGGAGCAGCUGGGCACCCAGCGAGGGGACGUUCUGCCCAAUGCCGACGGGACCUGGCACCUCCGAGUAACGCUGGAUGUGGCAGCCGGAAGGGCGGCGGGCCUGUCUUGCCGAGUGAGGCACAGCAGCCUCGGAGGCCAGGAUGUCAUCCUCUACUGGGGAGAGGGGAGCCGUGCCUCCGUGGGCUUGAUCGCCGCGGCAGUGCUGUUUCUCCUUGUGAUCCCUGGAAGCGCCAUCUGGUUCAGGAGGCGCUGCUCCUAUCAGGACAUCCUGUGACUGUCCUCACCACACGUGUCUGUCUGGGGCAUAGGACCUCACGUGUCCAGGAUAUACACGGUGCUCAGGGAUUGAGGGUGAGCGGGGAGCACCCUGAAGAAGCAGGGGACCAUCAUAAGCCAGCUGUUGUCACUUCCUUUUAACAUCUUAUCCAAGGGGAUUUAAGUUCUUUUUCAUUAAACUACAAGUGUCUUUGCUUAAGUGGCUCUGAAGAAACAGAAGUGUGAACUCUAAUACCUACCAGGGGCAAGCAGAUAAGGGCUGGGGUGUGUGGGUGGGCGUGGUCACUGAGUGGUGGAACGUCCAGGGAACUGGGAAGCCCUUGUACCCAGAGGAAGCAGGUGCUUGUGGUCAAGAAUAAACUGAGACUGUGGCUGGACUCUAACUUAUGGACUCUAACUUAUUUUUCAAGAAGAGUGAAAGUCUGGAUUUUUAUGUGGACGUGUCAGAUGGUAAAAUGUUGACUCAAAACUUUUACAAAAUAUUUCUGUACCCCAGAUACACCUCUGCUGGCUGACAACAGCCCAGUCUGUGUCUCCUUCAUAAGAAGUUUGGCUUGAAUGAGGUAUUGGUGGUUUUAGGGCAUGAUUUUUAUCGUGAAUUUGGAUUUAUCAAGAGGGACAUUUUCCCUUUCAAAGAAAGUUAGGUUGUCAAAAACACAGGUGAUGCAAGUUUUCACUUUGUGUAACUUGAGUAAAACAGGAGAAAUCCUAGUGUAAGUGUAUUAUGUAAAAGAAAGCUACUCUGGGUAGAGAUAUUUCUCUCAAAUGGCAAGUCACUUUUUCAGGAAGAAGACAGGGUGAAGAUAUGCACCCACUCCACUCCACCCUAAACAAGCUCUCCUACUUAACAGCUGUUAAAUGAGACAGUGUACAGAAAGGACUGACCCACGUGGGCAUGCGUGAGCUGUAGUGAGAUGGCCCAGCUCAGGAAAGAGCAGGAAACCUAGGGAACAGAAGACUUUCCCAAUGCCAAAAUAUGGAUGGCCAAGUUAAAAGUAUCUGUGGGCUAUCAGGGAAGUCGUAGUCUCUUGGCCCUCCGGGACUUGCAGAAAAAGUGAGGCCGAACUUUUGGAGAGUCUUUGCUUGAGAAAAUUCAGAUUUGGCAUCUUCUGCUCUGGACUGGCACAUCAAAUCUAGGAUGAAGGUCCUGCUGGUUUCUCCAUCGGUGGUUCCCAAAUUGUGGCUUCCCGCCCAGCAGCCUCAGCAUCCCUGGGAACUUCCCAAUUAUUUUGGUCUCCACCCCAGACCUACUGAAGGAGAAAUCUUGGGAGUGGGGCCCAGCAAUCUGUGUUUUAACAAGCCCUCAGGUGAUUCUGAUGUUCAGGCUAAAGUUGGAGAACCACUGUUCUUAGGCAUUGUGUGAGGCUAUGCAACAAAUCCGCCAGAAUGCUAAGUGAAAAAAUUGUCCUGGGGUAAGUCAGGGAAGGCUUCCUGGAGGGAGGGGAUGGAGAGGAAGGGACGUGAGCCAGCAAGUGCGCCGGAUAAGGAUGCUCGGGUUCUAGCUGCCCACCCAAUUUCCUCCCGUGUCAAAAAUGGGGAUGACAAUGUCUGUCUUGAUUAUGUUACAGAUUAAAUGUUUGUGGCACCCUAAAAUCCAUAUGUUGAGAACCUAAAAGCCCAAGGUGAGGUGAUAGGGGGUGGGUCCUUUGGGAGUGGGUGACCCCCUCCUCCACAUGAAGACACAGCAGGAAGAUGCCACCUUGAACCAGAAAGGGGACCCUUACCAAACACCGAAUCUGCUGGUGCCUUGAUCUUAGACUUCCCAACCUACAGAACUGGGAGAAAUAAACGUCUAUUGUUCAUUAGCCACCCUGCCUGUGGCAUUUUGUCAUCGCGUCCAGAGCAGACUAAGAUGGUCGCACAGCCUCCUGGUGGGGAGCAAAUGCGUGCAGGUGUAUGGCGACCUGCGAUGCCUUACAAAACGUGAGCCCUCUGCUGGGCCUGGUGCCCCACGCUGUCCUGGGUGAUGCCCAGCAAGCGGUGCAGGUUCGGGAGCCCUUACCACCAGCCGUCUGUAUUCUGAGGGCGUAAGUGUUCAAGUCUCUUCUGAAAUUUUUGGAAGUGCUUCCGCAUGAAUUUACCGUAGCUCUGGUUCCUUUUUAAGCAAAUUUGAUCUAUUUUGGAAGUAAAGACCUAUCUCUCCAGGAAAUUCUGUCUCCUUCCUUCAAAUACUCAGUUCAAAACACUUCAGAAGAUCUGAGAAUUCAUUUUAGAAUGUGUUGAUCUCUGCGAACAUCGUGCUCCUU